CUGCCCCCACGGGCCAUGUGUCUCCGGUCGGGACGCCCAUUACGGUUGGGGCUCUUGUGCCAACUCUGCAAUGAGAAGACAGAGACCUUUGUGCAGUGGCUCCUGGCUCUGGGCUCUUCGCAGCAGGAGAUGGAGAAGCUGUGGCCCUCGGAGGGGUGCGGAUGCCAAGGUGAGGGGGGCGGCAGAAGGAAGCGGGAUGUGAACACCAGCCCCCAGUUCCAGAUGCCCACCUACCAAGUGUCAGUGCCAGAGAACAGACCGGCAGGCACACCUGUGAUCUUGCUGAGGGCCAUGGACCCCGACGAGGGGGAGUGGGGCCACUUGGACUACUCCAUGGAUGCGCUCUUUGACAGCCGCUCAAACAGCUUCUUUGCCAUUGACCCCCAGACAGGAGCUGUGACCACAGCUGAGGAGCUGGACCGAGAAACCAAAAGCACCCAUGUGUUCCGGGUGACAGCAACAGACCAUGGCACACCACGUCGCACAGCUCUGGCCACACUCACAAUCACCGUCAGUGACACCAACGAUCAUGAUCCUGUGUUUGAGCAGCAGGAGUACAAGGAGAGCAUGCGGGAAAACCUUGAGGUUGGCUAUGAGGUGCUAACAGUGAGAGCAACUGAUGGUGAUGCCAGCCCCAAUGCCAACAUCCUUUACCGCAUUUUGAAUGGUAAUGGGGCCAACAGGAUCUUUGAGAUUGACCCCAAGUCUGGAGUCAUCCGUACCAAUGGCCUUGUGGACCGAGAAGCUGUAGAGUCCUACCAGCUGAUAGUGGAGGCCAAUGACCAGGGCCGAGACCCAGGAGCACGCAGCAGCACAGCCACAAUUCAUAUUACGGUGGAGGACGACAAUGACAACUCACCGCAGUUCAGUGAGAAACGUUAUGUUGUGCAGGUACCCGAGAAUGUGGCCUCAAACACCCACAUCCUGCAGGUAAAUGCCACAGACAGGGACAAAGGCAGCAAUGCUAUGGUGCAUUAUAGCAUAAUGAGUGGCAACACCCGGGGACAAUUUUACAUUGAUGCCCAGAUAGGUAAUAUUGAUGUAGUCAGCCAGCUUGAUUAUGAGAUGAAUAAGGAAUACACUCUUCGUAUUAGGGCCCAGGAUGGAGGAAGGCCUCCUCUUUCCAACAUCAGUGGGCUGGUGACCAUCCAGGUACUGGAUGUGAAUGACAAUGCCCCUAUCUUUGUUAGCACCCCUUUCCAGUCCACAGUGUUAGAGAAUGUGCCUGUGGGCUACUCUGUUAUUCACAUCCAAGCCAUUGAUGCAGAUUCUGGGGAGAAUGCUCGACUUGAAUAUGCUCUGGUUGACAUGAGUGCUGAUUUUCCUUUUACUAUCAAUAAUAACACAGGCUGGAUUGUAGUAGCUUCUGAUUUGGAUCGUGAAGCUGUGGACUUCUAUAAAUUUGGGGUUGAGGCCCGAGAUCAUGGUAGCCCUCCAAUGACUUCUUCAGCAAGUGUUAGUAUUACCAUUCUGGAUGUCAAUGAUAACAAUCCUGAAUUCACUCAGAAGGAAUAUACCAUGCGUCUCAAUGAAGAUGCAGCUGUGGGCACCAGUGUUCUUACUGUCUCAGCCAUAGAUCGGGAUGUCAACAGUGUCAUCACCUACCAGAUCACGAAUGGGAAUACUCGCAAUCGCUUCUCCAUCACCAGCCAGAGUGGUGGUGGUCUCAUCACUUUGGCCCUACCCUUGGAUUAUAAAUUAGAGCGGCAGUACCUGCUUACAAUUACAGCUUCUGAUGGCACUCGGCUUGACACAGCUCAGGUCUUUGUUAAUGUAACUGAUGCUAACACACAUCGGCCAGUGUUCCAGAGCUCCCAUUACACUGUUAACAUCAAUGAGGACAGGCCAGUGGGUACCACUGUAGUGAUUAUCAGUGCUACAGAUGAAGAUACAGGGGAGAAUGCCCGUAUCACUUAUUUCAUGGAAGACAGCAUCCCUCAGUUCAAAAUUGAUAUAGACACUGGUGCUGUAACAACUCAGAUGGAAUUGGAUUAUGAAGAUCAAGUGUCCUAUACUUUGGCAAUUACAGCUCGGGACAAUGGUAUCCCACAGAAAUCAGAUACCACCUAUCUAGAGAUACUAGUCAAUGAUGUAAAUGACAAUGCACCUCAAUUUUUAAGGGAUAAUUACCAAGGGUCUGUAUAUGAGGAUGUGCCAGGCUUCACAAGUGUCCUGCAGGUUUCUGCUACUGACAGAGACUCUGGCAUGAAUGGGAGAGUUUUCUAUACCUUUCAGGGUGGAGAUGAUGGUGAUGGGGACUUCAUAAUUGAAACCACCUCAGGUAUUGUUAGGACAUUGCGUAGACUGGACAGGGAAAACGUUCCACUCUAUGAGCUUAGAGCGUAUGCAGUUGAUAAAGGAGUACCGGCCAUGAGGACCCCAAUUGAUGUCCAUAUCACUGUUCUUGAUGUCAAUGACAACCCCCCUGUCUUUGAGCAUGAUGAGUUUGACAUCUUUGUAGAGGAAAAUAGUCCAAUAGGCUUAGUGGUUUCCCGAAUCACUGCCAGUGAUCCAGAUGAGGGAACCAAUGCUCAAAUUAUGUAUCAGAUAGUAGAAGGUAAUAUUCCUGAGGUGUUUCAACUUGAUAUCUUCUCAGGAGAGCUAACAGCUCUGAUGGAUUUGGAUUAUGAAACCAAGUCUGAGUAUGUCAUAGUAGUCCAAGCUACUUCAGCACCACUGGUAAGCAGGGCUACUGUGCAUGUUCGUUUGCUGGAUAAGAAUGACAACAUCCCUGUCUUGAAGAACUUUGAGAUCAUAUUCAAUAACUACAUCACCAACAAGUCCAGCAGUUUCCCCACUGGAGUGAUUGGCAGGAUCCCAGCCUAUGAUCCUGAUGUUUCUGAUACUCUUACUUACAGUUUUGAGCAAGGCAAUGAAUUGAAACUAGUGCUGUUGAACCACAGUACUGGAGAACUACGUCUGAGCAGGGCCCUGGAUAACAAUAGACCUUUGGAGGCAACCAUGAGAAUUUCUGUAUCAGAUGGAAUCCACAGUGUUGCUGCCCAGUGCAUGCUCCGGGUGACCAUUAUCACAGAUGAGAUGCUGACCAACAGUAUCACUCUGCGGCUGGAGAACAUGUCCCAAGAACGCUUCCUUUCACCGCUGCUGGCUCUCUUUCUUGAAGGAGUAGCGACUGUGCUGUCUGCUUCCCGUGAUCACAUUGUCCUUUUCAACAUCCAGAAUGACACGGAUGUUCAGGCUGCCCAAAUCCUGAAUGUCAGUUUGUCGGUACUGCUGCCAGAUAGAGUCCAUGGGAGCCACUAUAUUCCUUCAGAAGACCUCCAAGAACGACUGUACCUCAAUCGGACACUCUUGGCUGCUAUUUCGGAGCAGAGGGUUUUGCCUUUUGAUGAUAAUAUUUGUUUGCGGGAACCCUGUGAGAACUACAUGCGCUGUGUCUCGGUGUUGAAGUUUGACAGUUCAGCACCCUUCAUUUCCUCUGAUACUAUUCUUUUCCGCCCUAUCCACCCUGUCAAUGGUCUGCGUUGCCGUUGCCCGCUGGGUUUUACUGGUGAUUAUUGUGAAACUGAGAUUGAUCUUUGCUACUCUAAUCCAUGUGGAAAUAAUGGGCAUUGCCGAAGCCGGGAAGGAGGAUAUACCUGUGAAUGCCAAGAGGGCUACACUGGAGAGAACUGUGAAGUGAAUUCCCGCUUGGGCCGCUGUACCCCAGGUGUCUGCAAGAAUGGCGGCACCUGUGUCAACCUGCUAGUGGGUGGUUUCAAGUGUGACUGCCUUUCUGGAGACUAUGAGAAGCCGUACUGUCAGAUGAGUACCCGGAGUUUCCCAGCCCACUCCUUCCUUACUUUUAAGGGGCUGCGCCAACGCUUCCAUUUCACCAUUGCUCUCACGUUUGCCACUAAGGAACGGGAUGGGCUCCUCCUCUACAAUGGGCGUUUCAAUGAACGGCAUGAUUUUGUUGCACUGGAAAUAGUUCAAGAGCAAGUUCAGCUUACUUUCUCAGCAGGUGAAACCACAAGUACAGUAGCCCCAUUCAUCCCAGGGGGUGUGAGCGAUGGCCAGUGGCACACCGUCCACCUGCACUAUUAUAACAAGCCUAUUGUGGGGAUGUCUGGAAUUGCACAGGGGCCUUCAGAUGAGAAAGUAGCUGUGGUGACAGUGGACGACUGUGACACUUCAGUGGCCUUGAAAUUUAGCUCUAUUCUAGGAAACUAUUCCUGUUCAGCUCAAGGGACACAAUCGGGCACAAAGAAAUCCUUGGACUUGACAGGUCCCUUGCUACUGGGUGGCAUUCCUGACCUUCCUGAGAGUUUCCCUGUACGGAACCGGCACUUUAUAGGCUGCAUGAGGGACUUCCUGAUUGAUAAUCAAGAUGUAGAUCUGGCUGACUUCAUUGCAAAUAAUGGAACUUUGCCUGGCUGCUCUGCCAAGAAGAAUGUUUGUGACAGCAACACAUGUCAUAAUGGUGGAACUUGUGUCAACCAGUGGAACACUUUCAGCUGUGAAUGCCCCCUGGGUUUUGGAGGCAAGGACUGCAAGCAAGAAAUGGCAAGUCCUCAGCGUUUCUUGGGCAACAGUAUGGUGACUUGGAGCAAUUUGGCAUUGGUCAUCUCACUUCCGUGGCACAUUGGACUUAUGUUUCGUACUAGGCAGAGCAGUGGUGUCCUCCUCCAUGCUGCAGCUGGGCAGCAUUCUACCAUCACACUUUGGUUAAGUGAAGGCACAGUGCUGAUGACUGUGUACCGAGGCAACAGCCAGAUUUCAGCAUUGAGGCUACACCAGGUGAAAGUGAAUGAUGGUGACUGGCAUCACCUACAAUUGGAGUUGCAUAGCAGCUGGGACAAUCCGGAAGCCCAGUGCUUAGCCAUAAUGGCCUUUGACUAUGGUUUGCACCAGGUGGUGGCCAACAUUAGUAGUGAACUCCGUGGACUAAAAAUGCAGGAUUUGAGUAUUGGUGCUGUAUUGGGGGAGAGGGGAGACUUGCAGCAUGGCUUCCGUGGCUGCAUGCAGGGUGUAAGGAUGGGUGAGACAUCAGCCAGUGCCAUUGCCUUGAAUGUAAACCAAGCUGAGAAAGUGAAUGUGGAGCACGGCUGCAGUAUCCCAGACCCCUGUGACUCCAACCCCUGUCCUCUCAAUAGCUACUGCAAUGAUGACUGGGACAGUUACUCAUGCAGUUGUGAUCCAGGUUACUAUGGAGACAGCUGUGCCAACGUCUGUUCCCUUAACCCUUGUGAGCAUCAAGCCAUAUGUGUCCGCAAGCCCAGCUCAUCCCAUGGCUACACCUGUGAGUGUCCCGACAGCUACUUUGGGCCAUACUGCGAGAACAAGUUAACUCAGCCCUGUCCGCGGGGAUGGUGGGGGCAUCCUAUAUGUGGACCCUGCAACUGUGAUGUUGGCAAAGGAUUUGACCCUGACUGCAACAAAACUAAUGGAGAGUGCCGCUGCAAGGAAAAUCACUACCGUCCAGCAGAUAGUGCCACGUGUUUCCUCUGUGACUGCUACCAUACGGGCUCGUUGUCUCGCACCUGUGAGCCUGAGACUGGGCAGUGCUCCUGCAAGCCAGGUGUCAUUGGGCGCCGCUGUGACCGCUGUGACAAUCCUUUUGCAGAAGUUACCAUCAGUGGCUGUGAAGUGAAUUAUGAUAGUUGCCCUCGUGCCAUUGAAGCUAAUAUUUGGUGGCCACGCACCCGCUUUGGCUUACCUGCAGCUGCAUCUUGUCCCCGGGGAUCUGUAGGGACUGCUGUACGGCACUGUGAUGAACACAAGGGCUGGCUGGCACCCAAUCUCUUCAACUGCACUUCACUGACUUUUGCUGUUCUCAAGGGUUUUGCAGAGAGAUUGUUGCGGAAUGAAUCAUUUUUGGAUACAGAGCAGUCUCAGCGGGUAGCUCUCCAGCUUCGCAACGCUACACAGAACACCGAAAGCUUCUUUGGUAGUGAUGUCAAAGUGGCUUUUCAGCUCUUAGCCCAGCUCCUGAAGCAUGAAAGCAACCAAGAAGGCUUUGGCUUGGCUGCUACCCAGGAUGUUCACUUCACCGAGAAUUUGCUUAAGGUAGGCAGUGCUCUACUGGACAACAGCAACAAGCGUCACUGGGAACUGAUCCAACAGACAGAGGGUGGCACAGCACAGCUGCUCAAGCACUUUGAGGAUUAUUCAAGCACUCUGGCCCAGAACAUGCGCAAGACAUAUUUGAACCCAUUCACCAUCAUCACACCCAACAUUGUUAUUUCUGUGGUAAGGCUGGAGAAGAUGAACUUUGCUGGUGCCAAACUGCCCCACUAUGAGAUGCUCCGUGGUGAGAAACCUGCAGACAUAGAAACUACUGUCAUCCUACCUGAAAGUGUAUUCAAGGCUCCAGAAGGCAAACAAUCUUCUGUGGCCAGUGCCAAGCAUUUGCCAGGCACCAAUGAGGAAGAAGAACUUGCCCUUAUGACAAGGCAGAAGAGACAUCCAGAUCUAAGUGAAGGCCAGGCCAUUGCCAGUGUGAUCAUCUACCGCACCCUGGCAAGUCUGCUUCCAGAGCAGUAUGACACAGAUAAAAGGAGCCUAAGAGUCCCCAAGCGUCCCAUCAUCAACACCCCGGUGGUGAGUAUCAGCAUCCAUGACAACGACGCAUUGAUGCAACGAGCCCUUGAGAAACCCAUCACAGUCCAAUUCCGGCUGUUGGAAACCGAGGAGCGGACCAAGCCUAUCUGUGUCUUCUGGAACCACUCCAUCCUGGUCAGUGGGACUGGUGGCUGGUCAGCCAAGGGCUGUGAUGUUGUCUUCAGGAAUGAGACCCAUGUCAGCUGCCAGUGUAACCACAUGACAAGCUUUGCUGUGCUGAUGGAUAUUUCCCGCAGAGAGAAUGGUGAGAUCCUGCCCCUGAAGACUAUCACGUAUGCCUCCAUUGCUGUGACAUUGGGCAGCCUCCUGCUUACUUUCCUCUUCCUGGCUGGAUUGCGAACUCUGCGAUCCAAUCAACAAAGCAUCCGCAAGAACCUAGUGAUAGCACUAUUUCUUUCUGAGCUCAUCUUCCUACUGGGCAUCAACCAGGCUGACCUGCCAUUUGCCUGCACUGUCAUUGCCAUCCUGUUGCACUUUCUAUACAUGUGUGCCUUUGCCUGGGCAUUGCUAGAAGCACUACACAUUUACCGCAUGCUGAGUGAAGUGCGAGACAUCAACUAUGGCCCCAUGCGCUUCUAUUAUAUGGUUGGCUGGGGUGUGCCAGCAUUCAUCACAGGACUUGCUGUGGGCCUGGAUCCUGAAGGGUAUGGGAACCCAGACUUUUGCUGGCUCUCCAUCUAUGAUACACUGAUUUGGAGCUUUGCUGGUCCCAUUGCUUUUGCUGUUGCAAUGAGUGUCUUCCUCUAUGUCCUGGCCACCAAGGCCACUUGUGCUGCUCAACAGCAAGGUUUUGAGAAGAAGGGGACAGUCUCUGGUCUACGGUCGGGCUUCAUCUCCCUGCUGAUAAUGAGCGUCACCUGGUUGCUGGCUCUGCUGUCCAUUAACAGUGAUGCCAUCCUCUUCCACUACCUCUUUGCAGGCUUCAACUGCCUCCAGGGACCCUUAAUCUUUCUCCUCUGUGUCAUCUUAUGUAAAGAAGUGAGGAAAGCUCUCAGAUCUCUUUGUGGAAAGAAGCACAGCACUGAUCCUACCCUCACCACCAAAUCUACCUUGACAGCAGCUUAUAUCUGCAACAAUACCUAUGUGGAUGGGCAAUUGUACCAUACGCCAUUUGGGGACUCCACUGGUUCCUUGCAUAGCACUGUCCGCUCAGGCAAGAGUCAGCACAGCUACAUCCCUUUUGUGCUCAGGGAGGAAUCUGGCUUGAACAAUAGCCAGGUACACAUUGGGCCUACAGAUCCCAGUUCUUUGUUCCUGGAAGACAAGGAUCAGAACAAUGAACGUGAUACGGAUUCAGACAGUGACCUCUCCCUGGAGGAUGACCAGAGUGGUUCCUUUGCUUCCACCCACUCCUCAGACAGUGAGGAGGAUGAAGAAUUUCCCAAGGAGCCCUGCUGGGAGAAUUUACUAUGCCCUAACAGUGAGAAGCUGCCAGUGCACAGCACUCCAAAGGUAGACAAUGUCUCUGGACCUGGAAAUCCUUACUGGCCGGGUGACUUUGUGACCACUGCCAGUGAGAGCGAUGGCCACCCUGGCUCAGAGUUGCUGAGGGUAGAGCCCAUGGGCAAGAAUGACCGACUGGGACUGACAGAAGAGUUGGCCAGAGAGAAUGGGGAGGGCAUCUUGGGCUCACUGCCUCACCCCACUGCUCAACCCCAGAAAGGCAUUUUAAAGAAAAAGUACUUGCCACCCAUCAGCGAGAAGAACAGCAUCCAGCGUAUCCAUAACAAGCUCUCCAACUGCCGCUCAGGGAUGGUAUCAUUGCAUGGUUCUUCGGGGAGCGAUGGCAGCCGUGGGGGUGGGGCACCCCGACCCCGACAGACCCUACAGGAACAGCUCAAUGGCCUUACGCCUAUCACCAUGAGCAUAAAGACUGGCACAGUGGAUGAGGACUCUUCAGGCUCUGAGAGCGAUGAAACCUCAAUCUGAUGUCGCAUGCACCAGACUCUCUCUCUCGUUUGGCCAGUCUGGGAGCCAGGAUUGCUCUCAAACCACAGCGAGGAAUGUUGUCUCCAUCAGCCCGGCCUGGCCCAGGGAGCUGGACCCACCGUAUGUAGUGCCAAAUGAAAUGUGACCUGCCCCCCACCCCCCAGGGGGAGCAGCAGGUUCCAGGAGGCGGACCUAGUUGAACAGAUGCACUUUGGAUCAUUCUAAAAUGGACUGAAAGAAAACAAACUUGACCACCUCCAAGUCUUCAGGGAUUUUCAUGCUUUGUUGCCCAGUCUGGAAGUGCUGCGUGUCUGGAAUAUAUAUAUUUUCUUUAUCUAUCAAAAUUGGUCUGGGGGAGCCUCAGUAGCCACCACGUUUGGGCCUCUGGAAAUGUAUUACUGUGCAGAUGUUUUCAUUGCAUAUUUGACAGUGGGGUGGAGCUAGGGGCCAGUGUGCUUGAAGAUGGCUGCAACUUGGAGCCACCAAGAACUGUAAGUUUUGACUUGAGUGACAAAUCAGGAUUGGUCCAGUUUUGGAGGACACCAUGCUGGGCUUCUCCUAGGAUGGAGGGAAAUAGCAUCUUUUGAAUUAAAGCUGGAGGGUGCAGCAGACCUGGCGGUGCAGAGGACUGUGUGAGACCUAUGCUAGUCAUUCCUUAAGGACCACAGCUGACUUUGCAUUGAAUCUGGAGGCCCCAACCCAGGGGCCUCCCUCUGCAAUAUGUGUGUGUGUCUAAGCGCCAUGGUCAUGCUUUUUUCUGAUCCAGCAGCGUGCAUUUAAACAUACCUUCCAAGGUGCAACUGAAGCAUAUUUAAUCCAGCGUGCAUUUCAGUCUUGGGCUGUCUGGCACAUACAGAAAAAUAGGAGUCUGACAUCUUGGUUUUGCCAUACUAAGCAAUUAUAGAAUAGGAAAGGAAUUUAUCAUCCAAAUAGCUUUUCCAGGAUGCUGUAUAAGUACAUUGCUGUUCCGCGGGGCAGCAGCUAGUAACACCUGCACUUUUUUGGCCUAAGGGAAGUUUUUAAAAAUGUUGAAUGAAAUACUAGGUUUGUUCCAGAAACCCAGAGCCAUUUCCCCAGGAUGUUCAUCGCCAUCAUGCUGCCUACAUUCAUGGACUGUACAGUUUAGCAUCAGCUGUGGAUCUUCUUCUCUGGCAAGUUGCUUACUCCAGCCUUGGUGCUUCAGACUGCAGUGGGAUCAGAGACACAGGACCAGUAUAUCCACUGGCAUCUAUGGAAAUGUUCCUCCUUGGAUCACAAAAAUUACUUUCUAACUGCUUUGUUUGACAGCCACUUCUCCAAGCUCAGCUCACCAUUCCAGUAACUUGGCCCCAUCAGAAUGCUCCAAGAGGCAGCCCAUAAGGUGUUGAGCACCAGGGGUGUGGCCUGCUGAGCCAUCAGUCCAUGCUGCAAUUAUUUUCGUAGAAAAUGACAAAAAGAAAAAAGUCCCGCCUCCCGCUCCUCCCAGCCAGUUAGCACACGUUCCCUGUUGCUACUGUGGCUGGAGCAGGAACGCUGCCUUGAUGUCUCCCAAAAGCGCCUGGCUCUCACGCCAACAGGUUGCUGCCUUUCUGCCUCAGAAGCCUUCAUUUUUUUCUACACUCAGCCAAGCCUGAUGCCUGCUCAUAAUGGGGAUUUUCAUGCUGGUCCUUUUGGAAAGUACUUUUUUUAUAAUGUUCACUGGGAAAGAGAUUUUUCUGCUAAGGGAGAGUGGGAAGAGGGGGGCAGCUUGGGGAGGGCGAAGGCACUGUUAUUUUGAUGUAUUUUUAUUAUUAUUAUUAUUAUUAUUUGACCAUUGCUGAAGGAUGUUCUAAUUUAAAUAGCUGAAAAGCCCUUGGGGUUAUGCUUUGUAGUAAUGUUAAAUCUUGUUAGCUGGGGUGCAGAAUCUGAUGCGCUUUAUUGACUUAGCCAAGGUUUGCACAAUCAGGAGUUAAUUGGGACUUGACCAUUGUCAUGGCCUGGCUUGUCAAAGAAAGUAGUUCUGAAAAUUAGGCUUUUCUUUUCAACACCUCUAGAAAUAUUGGUCAUUGCUGUUUAGCCUUUUGUGGCCUCUGUGCUUGCCAAUUCCAAAACCUUUCUCGGAAUGUUUUGACAUAUAGAAUGUGAUUCUCUGAAAUCCAUAUAAUGUCAAGUUGGCACUGCAGUGGCAUCGACAGUGCUAAGUAGGUGGCAGGGGAUGAAGACCAGCCUCUUCAGUGUAUGGACUGAUUUAGUACUGUGUUAUUUCCAUUGAGUGUUCCUUCUGAACCUUUUGGCUUUAGCUGGUUAAGUGAAAGGAGACUCCCCCACCCCCAAGUCUGUACAAAAGAAGAGCCAUUUGCCCAAGUUCCACCUGGAGGCUGUUUUGCUGUUGUGUUCAACCCCAUUUUGGUCAACUUCUGCUGCUCAUAUUGAAGCAAACUGGAGAUACAUAUGGAAAUAAGAUUCAGCUGGGCAGGAACUAGUUCGGCUUCCUGAUAUAUGGCUUGCUGCAGUUAUUCCAGGACAAAGGAGUAUUUAAAAACCCAUGGGACUUCCCAUGUUGUCCUAAAAGUGUUUCUCUUCACAACCCAUCGGUGAAUGUAAAAUGGUAGGUGAUGCUUCCAAAUGCAGGAAAUGGGACACAAUCUUGGCUAUCCCAUAUCUAUAACAGCUUUCCUCAGCCUUGUGCUGUUCAGAUGUGUCUGAACUACAAGUCUCAUUGCCCACAACCAGUAUGAUCCAUUAAAUAUACAAACUGGGGGUUGUUGGAUGUAAGGCAUUGACCGGGGAAGGCCGACUCGGAAUGCAAACAUAUCCUUACAAUUAGAGUAAGCAGAUCAGAAGAAAAGGUCACUAGGACAAGAAUGGCCUUCUAAGUUAUGGUACUAAGUUACUAAGUUAUGGUACUAAACAGCCCCAGCUAGCUUGGCCAAUGUGAAAAAAGCUGGGAAUUGUUCAGCAGUAUUUGGAGGGCUACAGAUUUCUUACUCCUGGACAAGGAGAGGCAAACCAAGAAGGCUUCCCUCUCAAAUUGCCACCUGACAAGGUGGAGGCUAGAUAUUAAGGUAUUAAUUCCUGAAUAUCUUUAUUCUGUUCUGGUAUGCUGAAUGAACAUUGGAAGGAAAGAUCAAUGGCUACUCUACAGUGUCUUCCAUAAAGCCCCACCCCUUCAUAAAAAUGCUGAAAUUAUAUUCUUCUCCAGCCAACAUUGGAUUAUGUUUUCUGUCAGGGCUCCAUUACAGGCAGCUAUCAAACAAAUGAAGCCUUGGGAAACUUUCCUUACUGGAAACACCUUCACUUACUACAUUUUGGCUUCUCUGCAACCAUUCAAAGUAUUGGAUUUCUACCAGGCAAAAGCACUGGUAACCUGCUCCAUCAUCCCAGUCCCAAUAGUACCUCUAAUGCUGAGUUUUUAGAUUGUAAGUCAAAUGCACAAAAUAGCCUACAAUAACUUCCUAUGCAAAAUCUUUCUUAUAUGGCAAAUCCAUUAAUUGAAACAAACUUGAAAGCAGUGGUAGUAAAGGAUUCAAAAUAAGCUCUCUGCAGCAGCGGUGACUUCCAGGGAAAAGAGUCUUUCCACCUAUUCCUGUGCCAGGUGGGACAGAAUUGGAAGGGGAAGGUGUGCCACUCCAUUCAUGACCAAGGAAGUGUUAAACCUUAACUGUAUCAAAGACUGAGAAACUGUCCUUUAUGGGGAGCUUGAUGUGAAGAGUUCAGCUUCUGCUUCAUCACUGCAGCCAAUUAAUCUUUUAGUGUCUAUCUGCUGUCUAUAAAGAGCUAAUUAGCUGUUUUACCUGUGGAAAGGAUGUAUUUGACAUGUCUGCUUUUUAAUUUAUUUUUUAAAGAUGUAUAUGCAUAUAUUUACAACUGAGCACACCUUUCAUUUCCUAGGCAAUAAAUCGCCACCGCCAUUGUCCAGACCUAAGCAUAUGCCAUUGUAGGUUCGAGGUUCUUGUCUUCUAAUGCGAGUUCCCAUUGAUUCAAUCCAUCUUUUUUCUCUUCACUAGCUAGCAGUUAUUUCCAGCAGAGCUCAGCUAAAGCCAUGUACAGUUGUUUCCAUAGUCCUGAGUAGCUGUGAUGCAUGCAGAAAUUCAAGAAAUAAAUACUUUCUUGUCACAGCCUUAUCCAGCUGAGCUGGAAACAGUAGUCUCUGAAUUUCUGCUUGGCAAGCAGCUGUUGAAGUUGCUAGACGAUUGCCAGGGAAACAAAUCUUACUUUUCCUUAAGAAGCCCAGUUUGGUGGGAGGGGAAAGCACAGGAAAAGAGCCCUGAUGGCUUAAUUCUUUGGGGGAACAAAGUGGUUUUCUUAAUUCUUGAUGUGUUACAGGCUUUUCCUUUGGUAUAAAUAUCUCAAGUGUACAGGGAGGGUUCUUAAUGUAAAUAUAAUAGAGUUCACACCCUUUUCCUAAAUAAUAAAACCAUAGUUCCAUG